AUGCUUCGAGAAGCCCUUGAGCAGAGUGGCGUUGCAGGACUAGUUGGCUGGAACAAGAGCGACGAUGAGGACGAUAUCCUGCACCGGGCAUGGGAAGCAGCAAUAUACCCAUUCCAAUUAGCGAUCUCUCCCACUGCAAUCAAGACGUACCUAACUGUCUUCCUCUUCCUUUCCACCUCCUUCAUCCUCCUCAGCAUAUCGACAAGUGCAUUUGGCCUCUUCUAUUACAACUUUAUUCCUCAGACCGAUUUUGAGCAGCCGAUUUAUCUUCAAUAUGGCGCAGACAGAUAUCCAUCAGCUGAGGUUGCUCUCGAUACCAGUGUCUUUAUUUCGCAGCAGCCGUACGACGUAUCGAUCGUCUUACACAUGCCACGAGAUCCGGUCAAUCUUGCAGCUGGCAACUUCAUGCUUGAUCUAACACUGCAUGGCAGUGUGGAUGGCUUGACAGCCUCUGUGCUGGAGACAUUAAAUAUGCAAGAGAACGUGCCCAGCUCGGUACUACAUCGUGCAAGAAGAUCAGCCUUAAUGCCAUACGCUUCACCCACUACAGACCUCGUAUCGAAACUCGUUCGAUUACCUCUCCAUCUCCUGUCAUGGCACGAUUCAGAUUCUGUCGAGCUCACAGUCCCAAUGUUUGAAGAGGUGGAAUUUGCAAGAGGCGCGGACAAUAUACCUAAAACUGCUGUGCUGGAGAUACAAACUCAGAGACCAUUGAGCAGUCUGAAGGAGGACAAUUGUGGACAGCCGCAACUGCAUAUUUAUAAUGCGAAGCUCGUUUUCCAAGUUCGUUUCCACGGUCUCAGAUACCUCAUUUACAACUACCGCCUUCUCGCCUUCGCCGUCUUUAGCACAUUGUUCUAUACAGUUUCCAUAUCUACGCUUGCCCUAGUCUGGGCAGUCGUAGCAACGGUGCUCAGGAGUAAGGACAAGACCGCCUUGAUUAAGAUAGAGCAGGAGCAAAAAAUCAAGCAAGAGCCUGGAAUUGAUACUUCUGAUCCUCCACGGACCACAACAGACUACAAAUCUGAUAAGACUCUUCGAUUGGAAGGCACAGAUAGGUCGGAGAACGAGCCAAUGGAAGUGUAUAAUGCAUCAUCCGGCCUGGCUCAAGGGGCUGAGUUCACGCCACAGACUUCCGAGCCUGCAUCUGCCACAUCUCAAGACAGAAGUGCGACAGUCGAAGAUGCGGGUGGUGCACCUGAGGAACAAGCUGAUGACGAGGACGAGGAGGAAAGUGAAGAUGAGUUCGAGCAGCUGCAGAGACUGAGAAGGAAGAUGGAGCAAGAUGCAAGACAGAGGCAGCUGGAGAUGCAACAGCACGACUCCGGCUUAGGCACGAGUAUGGAGAGUGAGAACACCGCAGCUGCAAGUUCAGGACUGGCAAGGAGGUCAAGUAGCAGAAGAGGAAAGGAGUGA